CAGUUUCUUUAACGUUCUCCCACGUAGCAGCGCAAGAAAAACACUUUCCAGCAACAUGGAUUUCAACACUGCCUGCGAAAAAGCCAAAGCUUUCACCAAGAAGCCAACCGAUGCUGAGUUCUUGGAAUUCUAUGGUCUCUUCAAGCAAGCCACCGUCGGUGAUGUCAACAUUCCCGCUCCCGGCGCUCUUGACCUGAAGGCCAAGGCGAAAUUCGAAGCAUGGAACAAGCACAAGGGCUUGUCCCAGGACGCCGCCAAGGCUGCCUACAUUGCCACCUAUGAGAAAUACGCUCCCAAAUACGCUUAAAUUGUAUGGUUUUGAGAAUUCGAAUAAGUUAACUGGAUAAAUUUUUAUUGGAGUAUGUAAAAUAAAUUAACUAAAAAUUUGAACUGAAUAUUUAUA